AUGAUAAACGUCGAUCGAUUCAAGCUUGCCAUCAAGCUCGUCUCGCACGGCCUGUCGUUCCGGCAGACUGCCAACGCCAUGGAGACCGUGCGCGCCACCUUCAACCUCGACAAGCUGACCGGCAUCAACGACAACAUGGUCGACCCGUUUGUCCGUGUCCUCGUCGGCGUCUCCAUCUUGAAGAUCGGCGAUCUAAUUGCUACGGACGAUGUCUGGGCGAUGUCGAUCAGGUUCGACCGCAGCAGUCACAGCGAGUCGACGUUCUUUGACUUGCGCGUCCGCCUCGGCGUCAAGGGCAUGCUGCACAACCUCCAUCUGAUCGCCAUGCCGCACUUCGACAGACACACGGCCAACCACCAGAUCGUGAUGUUGAAGAAGCUGCUCUCUGCUGUCUACCUCUCGUGGGCCGACAAGCUCCUCACCGUCUCCACAGACGGUGAGCCGACCAACAUGGGUCGCAAUGGAUCGACACAACAUGCGCCUUCACCGUCUUUUCUGCGCCGGCGGGAAAACCUCAUCACCGAGAUGGGCGUCACGUGCCCAAAGAAGACGAAUCGGUGGAUGCACCUCUCCCAUGCCUUGGCGUUCUUGAUCAAACACGAGAACCGGAUCGUGGACUUCUUUGCCGAGCGAGAAGCGCAAGCAGCUGGCGGCCGUCCUCCCGUCCUCAUCCCGCUUUGGUGA